CCCACGUGACCGCGGCAGCACGUGACGCCGCCCAACAUGGCUGCGCCCUGCGGCUCCGGGGCGCUGCCCCGCCUGCUGCCCCUCUUCCUGGCCCUGGCCCUGCUGCUGGCGGCGGGGACGGACCCGGACCCGGAUCCGGAUCCGGAUUCGAAUCCGGAUUCGGAUGCGGCUCCCGGCGGGGCCUGCGGCUGCGGGGCCGGCCGCGGCGGCGGGCGGGAGGCGGCGGCGCGGCGCUACGCGGCGGCAGCGGGCGGCGGCGGCAGCGGCAGGAGCGGGCCGAUGGUGGCUAUUCCGGGAGGAGAGUUCACGAUGGGCACCGAUGAGCCGGAGAUCCGGCAGGAUGGAGAGUGGCCUGCCAGGAGAGUGCGUGUUAACGGCUUCUACAUGGACCAGCACGAGGUCAGCAACGAGGAGUUCGAGAGGUUCGUGAAUGCUACCGGGUACCUCACGGAGGCAGAGAAAUUUGGCGAUUCCUUUGUGUUUGAGGGAAUGCUGAGUGAAGAAGUGAAGUCUGAAAUCCAUCAGGCAGUUGCAGCUGCUCCCUGGUGGCUGCCUGUGAAGGGGGCCAACUGGAAGCACCCCGAGGGGCCUGACUCCAAUAUCUUCAGCAGAAUGGAUCAUCCGGUUCUUCACGUUUCCUGGAAUGAUGCUGUGGCGUUUUGCACAUGGGCAGGGAAGCGAUUACCAACCGAGGCUGAAUGGGAAUACAGCUGUCGAGGGGGCCUUGAGAAUAGGCUUUUCCCCUGGGGCAACAAGCUUCAGCCAAAAGGCCAACACUACGCUAAUAUCUGGCAGGGAGUGUUCCCAAGCAACAACACUGCAGAAGAUGGGUACAAAGGAACUGCACCAGUCACCUCAUUUCCUCCCAAUGGAUAUGGCUUGUACAACAUCGUAGGAAACGCCUGGGAAUGGACAUCUGACUGGUGGGCUGUUCAUCAUUCAGCAGAGGAAGCUCAUAACCCCGAUGACUAAAUCCGAGAAGUGAACUGCUCCAUUCUCACAGAGCUUGUUUUGUUCAGACACAGUUAUCUGUAAUGAGAAAACGAGUUAAACCUCUCUGGGCAGGAGCUAUCUGUUGCUGCAGGAUUUGAGUAUCCCCAUGCUGUGGUCUCGUGUGAUACGCUGGCUUUGUCUGGUAUGCUGGACGUGAUCACAGCCCUGUCUGAGAAGUCAGCAGAUGGAAGCAGCUUGAGGAGCCUGUUAAACUUUUUCUGCUGGUCAGUACGUAGCAGAGGCUGACAUCCUGCUCUUCCAGGAGGAUGUUGCCAGCAUGAGAAAAUGGGCCCAUCUUGGGGUCUAAAUUGCCCUAGAUCUGUACAAGCACUUUCAUCACCCUGGUGGAGAAACUGGAGACCUGAUGUGUACCGAUCACGUUUUUUAUUCCUAGUAUUGAAGCAAGUUUGGCAGUAGAUAAUUCCAGAACAAAUUGAAAGUUAUGUUAUGUUUAAUCCCAUACGGUGCAUGAUGAACAUUAUGCAGGGGCUGUGGCCAAUUUCAAGUUAUUGUAUCCCAAUAUGAUCCUUCAGGUCUUUCUGGUGGCUUAAGCUAUGCAUCAGAUGAUUAUAUUUACACAUCUCUUCCCAAAUAACUGAAAUGUUGGGAAUGUAGGUUUUUUUGUUGUUUUUGCUCGAUUUAAAAGAAAUAGGAUGGGCCAUUCUUUACUUCUUGUUGGCAGGCAGUCAUAGUAGUUCAACAAUAGUUUAAAAAAAAAAAGGCAGCAACACUCCUUUCCUUUGGAACCUUGGCUGUGUGGGAUUGCCAGGUGCUAUUUCUCAGUGUGUACAAAUAAGUCAGAUGAUGCCAUUUGAAAAUUUCAUGAUCAUUCAAAUUUUCUGCCCAUUUCUGUAAUAAUUCAGUAAUAAUGAAAAGCUGUAUUGGAUGAAUUCUCUUGAAUGUAUAAAUACACACCCGUCUCUUUCAAACACCAGCUCUUGCCUUGCAUACGUUCUGUGUUGAAUUAAGGUGCUGGUGACAAACAAGAGUUAUUUCACUUCAGAAUUUUGCUGUGUUAUGCAAACUCACAGUCUCUUACGUUUAGGUUUUUAAAUUCAGCACAAACAUUUCCCAAAUGCUUCAGAAAGGAUUUAACAAGGAGGUGUCAAUAAGGAUGCUGUUAGUUUUUUUUCAAUUGGGAAGCCAAGUGUCAGGAUGUAAGGUCUGAGGCCAGGCCCUCCAAAGUGAAUUCCAAAGAGUUCUUCUGAUUAAAUGGAUAAAGAAACUGAAUCUCAUAAUGUGAAAAGCUGUCCCAAAAUAGCCAGGCUGCAGUAUCUUCUGAGACAUUAAAAAUGAUUAGCACCAUAUCUAUCAGAGCCAAUCUCUUAAGUCUCUCCAGAGUACAAGUCAAUGUAACCUAUAUAUAGGAUACGUUCCUUCUGCCUAAAAGACUAGGAGUUCUUCUAGAGGGUCAGUUUGGUGAAAGGUUUUUUUAUUUUUUUUAACACAUUUAGUGC